AUGACGGUCGUUCGCCGCGCGAGACCCACGGGGGUUACCGCGCGAGUAAGCGCGGGGAGGAGGGUGGCCACCACGGCGUUGCCAGUUGGCAAAUCGCUCUCGGCCCGGACUCGUCCGAGGGCGGCGACGGUGGCCAGGGCGCAGGACGACGAUAAGCCCCAGACGCGGGGCGGUGACGACGAACCCGACAGGGACGAGGACGGGCUCUACAUCGGCACUUACUCCAACUUCUUCACCGACCCCGAUCAGCUCAAGGGGGUCGUCAUAUUCUGCGCGUUUCUCGCAUCGUUUCUGAGCCUGGGCAACAUCGGAGCCGCGAUCUUGCUCCCGAUCCUGUACGAUCAACCCAUCAGCACGUGCAUCCAGGGCAUCCUCUUCGGAUACUACUGUCCGGGACAGGACGGGCCCAUCUAA